AUGCAGCUGGAGCACUGCCUUUCUCCUUCUAUCAUGCUCUCCAAGAAAUUUCUCAAUGUGAGCAGCAGCUACCCACAUUCAGGCGGAUCUGAGCUCGUCUUGCACGAUCAUCCCAUCUAUCUCGACACUGACAACCUGGAGAGAAGUUCACCUUUGAAAAUUACCAGGGGGAUGACGAAUCUCGAUACAGACAAUUUUCCUGUCAAGGACUCACAAGGGGACGUCCAGAGAAGUAAACUCUCUCUCUUGGACGGGGUAUCUGAGCUUCGUCACAGUUUCGAUGGCUCUGCUGCAGAUCGCUACCUCCUCUCUCAGUCCAGCCAGCCACAGUCCGCGGCCACUGCUCCCAGUGCCAUGUUCCCGUACGCCGGCCAGCACGGACCCGCGCACCCCGCCUUCUCCAUCGGCAGCCCCAGCCGCUACCAUGGCCCCACCACCCGGUCAUCACCAACGGAGGCCUACAACAGCCUCCUGUCCAACUCCUCGCCGCGGGCUACCCCACCGCCGGCUACCCUACCACAGCAGUACGGCCACUCCUACCAAGGAGCCCCGUUCUACCAGUUCUCCUCCACACAGCCCGGGCUGGUGCCCGGCAAAGCCAGGCUGUUCCCUGUGCAAAGGCCCCUUUGGCUGAAAUUUCACCGGCACCAAACGGAGAUGAUCAUCACCAAACAGGGUAGGCGCAUGUUUCCUUUUUUAAGUUUUAACAUUUCUGGUCUCGAUCCCACGGCUCAUUACAAUAUUUUUGUGGAUGUGAUUUUGGCGGAUCCCAAUCACUGGAGGUUUCAAGGAGGCAAAUGGGUUCCUUGCGGCAAAGCGGACACCAAUGUGCAAGGAAAUCGGGUCUAUAUGCAUCCGGAUUCCCCCAACACGGGGGCUCACUGGAUGCGUCAAGAAAUCUCUUUUGGAAAAUUAAAACUUACAAACAACAAAGGAGCUUCAAACAACAAUGGGCAGAUGGUGGUUUUGCAGUCCUUGCACAAGUACCAGCCCCGCCUGCAUGUGGUGGAAGUGAACGAGGACGGCACGGAGGACACCAGCCAGCCCGGACGCGUGCAGACAUUCACUUUUCCCGAGACUCAGUUCAUCGCCGUCACCGCCUACCAGAACACCGAUAUUACACAACUGAAAAUAGAUCACAACCCCUUUGCAAAAGGAUUUCGGGAUAAUUAUGACACGAUCUACACUGGCUGCGACAUGGACCGCCUGACCCCCUCGCCCAACGACUCCCCGCGCUCGCAGAUCGUGCCCGGGGCCCGCUACGCCAUGGCCGGCUCUUUCCUGCAGGACCAGUUCGUGAGCAACUACGCCAAGGCCCGCUUCCACCCGGGCGCGGGCGCGGGCCCCGGGCCGGGCACGGACCGCAGCGUGCCGCACACCAACGGGCUGCUGUCGCCGCAGCAGGCCGAGGACCCGGGCGCGCCGUCGCCGCAGCGCUGGUUUGUGACGCCGGCCAACAACCGGCUGGACUUCGCCGCCUCGGCCUACGACACGGCCACGGACUUCGCGGGCAACGCGGCCACGUUGCUCUCGUAUGCGGCGGCGGGCGUGAAGGCGCUGCCGCUGCAGGCGGCCGGCUGCACUGGCCGCCCGCUCGGCUACUACGCCGACCCGUCGGGCUGGGGCGCCCGCAGCCCCCCGCAGUACUGCGGCGCCAAGUCGGGCUCGGUGCUGCCCUGCUGGCCCAACAGCGCCGCUGCAGCCGCGCGUAUGGCCGGCGCCAACCCCUACCUGGGCGAGGAGGCCGAGGGCUUGGCCGCCGAGCGCUCGCCGCUGCCGCCCGGCGCCGAGGACGCCAAGCCCAAGGACCUGUCCGACUCCAGCUGGAUCGAGACGCCCUCCUCCAUCAAGUCCAUCGACUCGAGCGACUCGGGGAUUUACGAGCAGGCCAAACGGAGGCGGAUCUCGCCCGCUGACACGCCCGUGUCCGAGAGCUCGUCCCCGCUCAAGAGCGAGGUGCUGGCCCAGCGGGACUGCGAGAAGAACUGCGCCAAGGACAUAGGCGGCUACUACGGCUUCUACUCGCACAGCUAG